AUGGCAGCGUGGCGACUGCUGCAGCUUCUCCUCCUGGGGGCCACGGGGGUCUGGGCCACAGGUUGUGGCUUCCGGCCGGGUUACAACAGCCCCAGCCCCUCCCCUGCACCCCGCAUCAUUGGGGGGCAGAAAAGUCGCCCUGGGGAAUGGCCCUGGGUUGUGAGUCUCCAGACCCAAGGGCACCACUUCUGUGGGGGGAGCGUCAUACACUCCUGGUGGGUGCUGAGCGCAGCCCACUGCUUCCACGACACCCGGCCCCAGGACGUGAUGGUGGCGGCCGGCAGCGUGACCCUGGGCAUCGGCGGCGUCACCCGGCGGGUUCGGCGGAUCCUGUCCCACCCCAGCUACAGCCGCAGCACCCACGACUCAGACCUGGCCCUGCUGCUGCUGAGCCGCCCCCUGCCCCCCGGCCGGGGCCUCGGCCUCAUCUGCCUCCCCGGGGAGCCGGACGACGAGGACGACGGGCAGUGGGGCAGUUGCUACGUGGCCGGGUGGGGCACCACGGAGUACGGGCAGGAGCGGGUGUCGGGGGCGCUGCGGGAGGCUGGCGUGCGGAUCGUCGACUGGCUCCGCUGCAUGUGGUGGAUGGGGGCCCUGACCCAGAACAUGGUCUGCGCUGGGCACGAGGAGGGCGGACGCGAUGCCUGCCAGGGUGACAGCGGGGGGCCCCUGCAGUGCCAGGCCCCCCAGGGCUCCUCCUGGUACCAGGUGGGCGUCGUGAGCUGGGGCCGGGGCUGCGGGAGGCGCCAGCGUCCGGGCGUCUACACCCGCGUGGCCAACUACCGGGCCUGGAUGGACGAGGCCACCACCGCAGCGGGGAGACCCCUGAGGCCCCAGAAGGCCACACCCAUCGGGCUGGGCUCCGCCCCCCAGAAGACGGAGCCGGAGGUCGCUGGAGGACCCCGGGUCUGCCCGUGGCGGCCCCUAUGCCUCGCCGUGGGGCUGGCUCUGGGGAGGUGGCUGGGCUGAGCGAGACGCAAGGCAUGCUGGGAAGAGGACAGAGCUGCCGCUGC